AUGGGUUCUUAUUUCUUCUUUUUUCCUAUGAUAUUGCUAUUGGCAGCAACUUGUUAUGGCCAGGGAUUUUACAACUACAACUACAACUCGAGAGCAACCUCUUACAGUAGCCCCGAUGGUGCAGGAACUGCAUAUGGAUCUUGUGGGUAUGGUACCUUUGGAAAGAAUGUCAACAAUGGUGAAGUCACUGCUGUUUCUAAGCUUUAUCGGAAUGGAGGUGGUUGUGGAGCUUGCUAUCAGGUGAAGUGCAAAAUCCAGAGAGAAUGCAGUGAGGAGGGAGUGAAGGUCUUGGUAACGGAUUAUCGCGCGGGAGGCAGAGCAGACUUCAUAAUGAGCGAACGUGCCUACGAAAAAUUGGCUCGACCCAACAUGGCUGCAGAACUAUCUGCAAAUGGGGUAGUUGACGUUGAAUACAGAAGAGUUCAAUGUGGUCAUGGUCGCAACCUUGAGCUAAGAAUCCAUGAGACUAGCCGUUACCCUUCCUACUUGGCCAUGGUUCCUAUAUUCAGUGAGGGAAUUUCUGAUAUCACUGGUAUAGACAUCGGAGUGGUUAAUCACGAUGAAUGGAGGCCAAUGCGCAGGGCAUUUGGAACAGUAUUCGGCAUUACAAAUCCACCCAUGGGAUCUCUUCGUGCUAGAGUUCACUAUGCCAACCCGGAUCAAGUUAGGACAUCACAGUUAACCUUUGCCAUCCCUAGGAAUUGGAAGGUUGGAGUUGCAUAUGACACUGCAUCUCAACAUAAUUAA